AUCGAAAGUCACGGAAUCAUUCGACACCAGCAAUCAUCUAAUUGUCAUUCAUCAUCAUCUGCCCUUUGACCGAGGGCUCUAAGCCGCUUCUUUCCAUCUUGAUUAACUAUCGGCUACCUGCUCCGUAUUCAGAUGUAUUUUGCAUUUUGUGGCCUCCAAUCCCAGUGUGAGCUGGUGGUGACAGCCGAGCCGCCUGGCCGAGGUAGACGUCAGCCAGUCUCCUGACACUCACCCUUUUACCUUUCAGGGGUCCUCAGUUGACCACCAUCACCGGUUUUUUAUUCAAUUGUGACAAUAUCCAUAACAUUGAACCCUCUAGACCCUUCUUUUUGAUGAUUCACCUCAAAAUUGGACCCCCCCAUACAUUGAGCCUCUAUUCGCCAAGUCUUUGAUCCGGUUGUGGCAAGACUGAUACGGUCUAUGCAGUUCUGGAAUUUCGCUCUUUGGCAAUCGCAACAGCAUGUUCGCAGCUGUCAAUCUCAUGAUGUCUCAAGUCAAUGCACCUGCACCUUAUCCUCGAUGAUGUCGAGAUCAACAAUGGCAUCAAUUAGUACCGCAGCGCAACCCGUGUGCUUGCCCACUCCACAAACGUGAAAUCUCCACUCCUGUUUGAAGGAUCGGUCUACUGCGUCUUAUCCAGAGUGGAUUUGUGCAGGGGUCGUUUCCCGUAUUCGCGCACCGGAUGUGGGAUGUGGGCAGCACUAAACCGACAGUUGAGAGAUGGUGUUCACAAAAUCCCCGAGAGAUCCAUCCUCGUUCGAGAAUGACGAACAGAGCUUUCCCACUCCCAACCAGCUUCAUCGGCCGGGAGAUCGCCAUAGUCCUACACGAUCGGCUCCUCCAAGUUUCCCACCACCAAGGAACGAGCAUAUCAGCGUUGCACAGGACGCUUGGCUAUGCUGUGAGUCCACGUUUAUCAAGGUCCGGCAGCCAUUAUGGUCGUCCCGACUGGUUCUAUGCCAUGCAAAAGCAACGAAAAUUGCAGCCUUCCCAGGCAGGGAGCUCAUAAACUUCCCCAGGAGCGGCUUAGGCCAAUGGUGAUGUAGGAUCCAAGACUACAUUGCAGUCUGUCAUACUCGAACUAAGGCCAGUCUGGCUAGCCAUUGUCACCUCCCGUCUGCGGGCUCUGCCGCCGAAACCGCCGCCGAGUAGGCGGCCACUGCCGUUCCGGCUCGAGGGUUGGGUAUGGGGGACAAAAAGAGAAACACCGCCCCGAGAACAUAUCGAAAGGGACUAGCGAGCUUGACCGUCAUUCAGCACAUGCAAAGAUCGACAUGCUGAAUGGGGCGGCUACUCAGCAGGAGCGGCACAGCAGGUGACAGGUAUGCCAGAUGUGAUUUGCCUCGAGAUGUGCCAAGGGCUCAGGGACAUCUCUGGGAUUUCGCUACCUCAUCUUGCAGAUGUCGCCGACCAGUUGCAGCCUUGGAUCACAGAGCCAGGGAGGUACGGAAUGCCCUGCAAGUCGACGGCUCUGCUCACAACCUAUUCCAGCUGUGCUCGCCUAUGGGUGUGGCCCCCUCAAGCGGAAUCUAAGCAUCUUGGUGCAGUAGCUCAUGCUGACACCCCCUGUCAAGGACGAGGAAGCAAUGUCCAUGUACCAGGAACACAAUAGGAAAGAGGCGCUGUGCCUGGGGCUGGCUGUGCGGAACCAUCUCGGUCGCUGGACUGCGCGGUAUAUAAUACUACCGCUGGACCCAACAGCAUCAAAAGAAGACACCCGAUCAGCCCUCCCAUGCAUCGGCUUUCUGUUGAUGAGCACCACCUCUCGAUCAAGCACCCCGGCCAUUCCACACGGGCAGGCAGCACACUCUCUGUGCCAUCCAAAGACCUAGCGGCUUGGUGCGGGAUUCAUCGAAGCCUCCCUUGUCCUGAACUUUGGGCGACAGCGCGGGACACCCACAGCGCCUGGUCAGCCGCUGAUUUCCUCCAUACGAUAGCGGGAUCCAAUACUCGGUCCCUCGGCCGCUUCCCGCAUGAUACCACCCGGAGUGGCGGAAGCUGUUCACCACUUGGCUCUUGGGAGACCUUGUUUCCCAAGCUACUGGUCUCAGUAGCAUCGGAACCUGCAGCAUUCAUGCCACAAGUCUGAAAGCAGUUGACACUCUCGCCUACUAGGGCAGGAAUAGGAGAAUUGCCCGGCACACGGGACAAAGCCUGCGAAAGACAGCUACUCGGUGCAUCCGAUACUUCGGCGACAGCUUUGUAGACGGCUCUGGGGAGCAAUCCAGCUUGAGACGUGGCCAAAGAAACAUAUAUACCACGGCAGGCACUGGACUGGGGUUUGCUGAAAUGAGUUCCCAUCGAGAUCCCAGAUUCACUCAAAACAAGCCCCAACGGAAUCAGCUACAUGCACCGACAAACCAGGGCAUGAUACAACAUAAUAGCGAAGCCUUCUUCAUCGAUUACACCCCUGGUAACCCCGAGCACCUAGUUGCCGGCGGCUAUCACUCAACAUUCGGAGCCGGGGGCGUAACCCGGCUUGGCCCGGAGUAUCACCCCACAAACACGCCAUCGGCCACUAGCUCCUCAGCGUUUGGCCAACCGGACUAUUCCUUCGCAACGGCCGGUAGCACCACCCUUUCUACGGCACGUGUCCGGUCACGAGAGCACCCCAACGUCUACCCCCUGAAUACCAGCCAGCCGGCUUUUCCACCUGCUGCGACUCUGGUUGACUGGCGAAUAUCACCUUAUACGACUGAUGCCGUCUCUCCUAAUGUUCCGGUCUCGAUUGCGGCACACUCGCUUUCCACCACCGCUGGGGUGAUUGGGUAUGCCUCACAGCCGAAUGUGACCGAUCCGUACAUGGGCGAUUAUGUAUCGCCCACCGCUCCUCUUCCUCCUCUGCAACAGCCAGGCUUUGACUUUCAGCCGUGGCCAGCCGCUGUUGACGAUGGCACCAUGAGCCUCGGUACAGCAUCGCCGAGCUCGCUCAUGUCACCUGUGAUGCAGAGCUACGAGAUGGUUGCCAGCCCAACGGGAUCUGGAAUUGAUGAGUCGAGCAUGGGGAUGUAUGGAGGUGCGUCGGUGGAAAACUGGCAGUUGCCACCGCAACCGCCGUCUAGAACCGACAGCAUGGAGAUGGGAACCAGCAGCCCAGGCGGUGGUGGAAAGCGGGCGAAACAGUACGCCGAGCAGAGCGGCGCAUCACCGGUUACUGCAGCACCUAAGUCUGGUACCGGUAACAGCACCACCACCGCUGCAAAGACGAAGUUACGCAGCGCCUCGAGAACGUCGAAGAAUAUGCAAACUCGUACCGAGGAAACCCCUCAGGAGCGCAAGUCUAGGAACUCGCACAAUCUGGUUGAGAAGCAGUAUCGGAACAGGCUGAACAUGCAAUUUGAGAUAUUGAUGAACACGCUCCCUGAAUCGAUGCGCUCGCCGACCACGACUGCUUCGGGGGCGGAUUCGGAUGUCGGACAGGCUGGUGGUGGUCAAGGCGGGACCGGGUUGGACUUGGGGGAGAGGAGGUUGAGUAAAGCGCAGGUGUUGGACAUGUCGACGAGGUAUAUACGGUCGUUGGAGAAGGAGAGGGAGAAGCUGGAGAGGGAGAGGGAGGAGUUGCUGUUGGGGAUGGCCAAGAUGAGGGAGGCGUAUGAGAAGGGCGGGACGUCCGGGCCCGGUUCGGGGACGGGAGGUGGGAAGGGGAAGGGCGCUGCUGGUUGAUGAUGGUCUGGGGCAGAUGUGGUGGUACAUGAGAGAAAAAAAGUAAUGAUUUACGAUAUACACGACAAGUUUUAAAAGUUAGAAGAGGAAGAAGGGCGGGGGGUGACAUUCUACUUGCCUACCUGCCGUCUUUUGUGCACCCGUCGUGGUGUGGUGGUGGUGGACGGAGUAGGAAGGUCGCACAUAAAUGUGAUGCGUAUACAUUUGGAGGGAUGGGCCUCCCUCCUUAUUUGCAUAAUAUAUCUAGACGAUUUGACGA